AGGAAGGCGGGGCUUGUCCCUCCGCUGAACAGCUGGAGACUAGGCUCGGUGUAUUUGCACAGCGCAGUGACAAGCCAGCUGUAAGCCACAGGAAGGAGGAAAAUCACUUUCAUUUCUUUUAUUUUACCUUUAAUUACUUAACAAUGUAUAAUAAACUGAAAGCAGGCUCUACAUGAAACAAUAAAAUCGAAUUUAAAGUUUAAAUUAAUGGUACAGGAGGAUAUUAUGUCCAGGACGCCUUCCACCUCAACCCAGGAAAUCCAAAUGGACAUGUUUGAUCACCAAGGCUCUCAGCCUCAGGGGAAGUAUGCAAAGAGAAAGAGCCGUUUCAAACGUUCAGAUGGCAGCACCUCCUCAGACACAACCUCUAACAGCUUCGUCCGACAGGGCUCAGCAGACUCCUACACCAGUCGUCCUUCAGACUCUGACGUGUCUCUGGAGGAGGACCCUGAGGCUCUCAGGAAAGAAGCCGAUAGACAAGCUCUCGCCACGCUAGAGAAGGCUAAGACCAAGCCAGUAGCGUUUGCUGUGAGGACUAACGUUGGCUAUAACCCAGGCCCUAAUGAUGAUGUACCAGUUCAGGGCAUGGCCAUCUCUUUCGAACCCAAAGACUUCCUGCACAUCAAAGAGAAGUAUAAUAAUGACUGGUGGAUUGGGCGUUUGGUGAAGGAAGGGUGUGAGGUGGGGUUUAUCCCCAGUCCAGUGAAGCUUGAGAGCACCCGUCAAUUACAAGAACAGAGAAUGAGACAGAACCGCCUUAGCUCCAGUAAGUCUGGUGGAAGCUCUAGUCUGGAUGUUGCCACUGGUGCCCGGAGGCCUACUCCACCUGGAACAGCUGACUUGUCCUCUGGGCUUUAUGACGAUUCGGAUUCAGAAGUUGAGGAGGUGGAGCCUGCCAACACCCGUGACCAAAAGGGUGUGGGUGGAAGCGUCACCUCUCCUCAAGGCAACCUAUCCCGCCUCCCUUUCUUUAAGAAGAUGGAACAUGUUCCUCCUUAUGAUGUGGUGCCUUCCAUGAGACCCAUUAUUUUGGUGGGACCAUCCCUUAAAGGCUACGAGGUGACAGAUAUGAUGCAGAAAGCUCUCUUUGAUUUUCUGAAACACAAAUUCGAAGGCAGAAUAUCCAUCACCAGGGUGACAGCAGACAUCUCACUUGCCAAACGCUCAGUCCUGAACAACCCCAGUAAACACACCAUCAUCGAGCGCUCCAGCACCAGAUCCAGUCUGGACGUACUGGCUGAGGUACAGAGUGAGAUCGAGAGGAUCUUUGAGCUGGCCCGGACGCUCCAGUUAGUGGCUCUGGAUGCCGACACCAUCAACCAUCCAUCUCAGUUGGCCAAGACGUCACUGGCACCUAUCAUAGUCUACAUCAAGAUCGCCUCUCCAAAGGUGUUGCAGAGGCUGAUAAAGUCCAGGGGUAAAUCUCAGGCCAAACAUCUCAACGUCCAAAUGGUGGCAGCUGACAAGCUUGCACAGUGUCCUCCUGAGCUUUUUGACAUAAUAUUAGAUGAGAAUCAGCUGGAGGAUGCAUGUGAACACCUGGCUGAAUACCUGGAGGCCUACUGGAAGGCUACACACCCUCCGAGCAGCAACCCCCCCAACCCUCUGCUCAACCGCACCAUGGCCACGGCCGCCCUGGCAGCUUCACCCGAACCCGUCUCCAACCUGCAGGGGCCAUUCCUGGUGCAUGGAGAACAGAAGAGGGAAGGGCCUGAACGUGGCAGACUCCAAGAUUACCAGAGCGACCUGGGUGGCAAGCAGCCGCUGCGCUCCUCACGCAGCCAGUUGCUAACCAGUGGCCGAGGUCUGUCCCGGCAGGAUACGUUCGAUUCCGAAACGCAGGGCAGCCGUGAUUCCGCCUACACCGACGACAUGGAGACCGACCCGUACGAGGAGCCGGACCCGUGUCGCUCGUACCGUCUGAACCCCGCCCACCACGCUCCUCGCCAGGCCUCCUGGGAGGACGAAGGGGCGGAGCCUGACCAGGAGAACCUCAACAUGGUUCCACCACCAGCCAAUCAACAUCAGCGUGGACGAGGCAAGCUGAGGGAGCGCUACUCUCAAGACACAGAAGGCGGCGGAGCGACGACGGGCCGCAACCAUAACCAGGAGGAUUGGAGCAGAGAUGUGUACAUUCGCUAGAGCAGGUUCACCUGAGACGAGGGUGAGGAGUUGUCUAGAGUGACACUAACAAGAAUCUCUAUAGUUGGAUCUGUUUACAAUCCAGAGAAACACACAGUCAUUGACUAACGCUGUACAGCUAACACUCACGACAUUCACUUUACGCUAACAAAGCUCUCGGUCAUUACAUAUUUGAGGGCAACCACAUGUCCUAUUUUUCUCGGAAAGGCUUACUUCUUGGCUAGGUUUUCUUUUCUUUUUUUAAGUUAUAUUUAUGGGAUUUUUAUAGCUUCAUUGUGAGAGGACAGUUGAGAGAUGACAGGAAAGACGGGAGGAUCAGCAAAGGACCUCAAGGUGUGAAUCGAACUCGGGUCACCGUGAGAGCAGUUGCGCUACUAACCGACUUUACCGUUACUAACAGUUGUCUAACUGACUUUAGAAAUCUUUGCCUGGACAAUUCUGGCAAAAUAAAGACAUAUGGUCACCCUAAUCUAGUUUUAAAUCUGUUUUUUUUUUUGAGGAGAAUAAGCAGGAGAACCUUUCUUCAUUUCUAUUUUACUUUUGUAUAUUACUGCAUGACUGCUGAUCAUUAUAAACUUAGUAACUGUUCUCUCUGAGCAUUAAACACGAUUCAGAAUAUAUAACCAAAAUCUUGUAAGUGUAUGUUAGCGUUCGUGGUUGGGUGCGUAUGUGUGCACGCGUGUCUAUCCUCUGUAGUCUUAAACUGGGUCUUUCCGACACACAGUAGUCUUGGGAGUGUCCCACCAAUUUGUUUUCCCAGACCACACUACUGCAGAGCAUGUUUUUGUUUCGUAUUUGAUUCUAUUUAUUUUAUUUAUUGAGUCUCGAAAGGUCUAUCCAGAUUUUAGCCUGCUAAAACCUUUACCGGGCUCCACCGCUGCUGUGUACUCCUCCAAUCCACAAGGGGUGCUGUGGUGCUCACAUGCGAUAGUUUAAUGGGGCUAAAAGCGCUAAAGUGUAUCAACAGAUGAUAAUCCAGAUCCGCUAGCAGUUCUAAAAGGCUAAUAUGCAAAUAUAAAUAAGACAAUUAAGAGGGUUAGAUUUUAGAACUAAAAGCCCAAAAUGUUUGAGACCACCGCUAAAGCUGAACACAAAUAGCUUUGUGUUGAUUGUUACCGGCUCUGUCCCGUCUUCUGUGCCUGCUCAAGGGCUUUUAGCAUCUGUGCCGCUAGUGUAACACUGAAACAUAUUCUGCCUUAUUUGCACGUCAGUCACACAGGCCAACCAAUCACAAGUGCCAUAAUCUUUCAUCAGGCCACUCCCACCAUAAAUAUGGUGGGUUGUCUUAACUCGGUGCAACACAUAUAGUUGUUAUUGUUGUAUGAUAGUAGUCAACACUGCCAUUUUACCUUAUCAUAGCAACAUGUUUGCACUGCUAGCCAUUUGAAGAUUAAACAAGCUGUGUGUUGCAUGACAGUUUAAGGAUUCACUUCACAGGCUGAGAAGUGGACGUACGUACAUACACACAUCCUACAGCCAAAUUCAAGCUAAUGCUACUGCUUUUUGUGUUGUUAUCUCUGUGGCCAAUUUCUAAGUCAAGACUGUAUGUGUGUGCGUGUGUGUGUGUGUAUGAAAUGCGAGAAAAUCUGAAGUCUUUACUAUUUUAUGUAACCAGAGCCUUGGUGAGUGUCUCUGAGCCUCUUUUUACCCUCACCCUAUGUUUGAAAAGAUCAUCAUGAUGAAAUUUGCUAAAUAUACAAGUAGAUAGCUUACUAAAUAAUGUUAUUGUUGCAUUAUUGCAAUUGUUUCAAAAUAUAAGGAAAACCGAUGUAUUCUUUGGUGCCUGAUUAUAGCUCCAUUUUACUUUUUGUUUUUAAUCUGUGGAUAAAUUAAUAUUUUAAUUAAAAAUUUUAAUCUGGA